CGCCAACUUGGUGUGUGGACGGCUGGCCAUUCGGUGCUGAAAAACAAUUCGAACCAAUCCAACGAAGCAAAUGAAACGGUCGCCUAUGUGUGGAUGCCUCAGCAUUAUCUCCUGCAAAAGGAUUUCUGGGAGCCCGGCGAACCGAAAAAAUUCCCAAAUAUGAGUGCGGUUUGUAUCUACUUGGGAUGGCAAUCGUCAUUUGUCGAUUGGAUUACAUCACCGUGUGAAAUAAAUCGUUACUAUUUAUGUCAUCGCGAUGCAACCAAUGAAGGUGAUCAAUUGAUGUACGCACAAUGCCUUUGUGUGAACGGGUAUCGAGGUGAAUUCUGUGAAGAGCAUCCUCAAACGGCAGUUGAGGUCUCAGAAGGGUUAUUGGAAUGGUUUUUCGACGACACUAGAAAAGGGCUUUCUGAAGGCUUUGUGGUCGAUACCCGUGGGUUCACUUCGAAUGCUGGCCGACUUGCACUGAAUGAUCGAGCAAAUUAA